AUGUCAGCCCCCAUGUCGAUUGUUUGCCGCAAGCGAUUCUCCUCAGGCAAUGAGGAUGCUUCUUCCGACGAUAGCUCAAAAAAACGUGCAAGGUCGAGCUCCCGCACUCGGGAAGCCAACCAGAACCAGUUCAACGACGUGGAUCCGUUCAAGAUGAACAAUAUCAAGCAGCUUAUCAACGACGUUGCCGAGAAGAUCGAGAAAAGCCGUCAUGUCAACGGUAGCCAAACUUCCGAGGAGGCCAUGAGCCUCGGCUCCCCGUCCUCUCACACUUCCACCAAAUCCAUCACCUCCGGCCAGGUCGACUUUGGCUUUGGCGUCGACACCAGUGGCGAUGCCUUCACUUUCGAUCAAAGGCCCGUCUAUAAAGAGUUGGCUGAGUUGCUCGCCACUUCGCCGAGAGCUCGUAGCGCUUCUCCGUCUCCAGAACCCCUCCAGAAGAAACGCAGUAGAACCCAGAAGCGCGCCGAUGCCUUGCGUCGGCAAAAAGCCAGACAACAGGCUGAGAAGCAAGCCAGCCAGGCCGAGGCAGUCAACCAGGCCGUGGCAGCCCCAGAAGCCGCGAAACGCAGCAGGACCCAGAAGCGAGCCAAUACCAAGCGCCGACAGAAGAUGAGAGAGCAAGAUGAGAGGCAAGCUAAGCAAGCCGAGGCAGCCAAAGAAGCCGAAAAGCUCAGACAAGCCAAGAAGCUCCAGAAAAAGCUCAACGCCAUUGCGAACAACAGCAUCCCGCUGCCGCCGCCGUCACCGGUGUUGAUGCAGUUGGACGCACAGAUGGAUGAGGAUGUCGAAGCCUGGAGUGUCCGCCUCCAGAAUGAGCUCAUCGAGGCCAAGGCUGAAAUGUUGUCGAUGAAAAGGACCAAUGACUUCCUCAUGGCCCAGGUGCAACAUUUGCAGGCGAAGGCGGACAGUCUCACGGAAGCCAAUCAGGCUGCGCUGCGGGAGAUGCAGGCUGUUCGUACCGCUGCCGCACAAACUCUUGACAGCGGUCCGGAAAUCACCAUUGAAGACAUGGAGCGUCGAAUUUUGAACGGCAUCACGGCCGAGGUGCCACCGUCGCCGCUCUGA